GCAGGCAAUCCGCGUCCGUAAAAAGAAAGGAAAGGAGGAUUCCCUCUCACACAACCCUAGUCUUCUGCUUCCUGCUUCUGCUUCUGCUUGCUUCUUGCUUCUUGCUUCUUGCUUCAGGAAAUUGAAAGAAGGAGACUGGUCCUUCAGAGUACAAGCUGAUUGCUACUCCAUGGGUCCAUCCAGCAGUGAUGAGAAGAUACUCAGUUACAAUGAUGUGGUGCUUAGAAGAUCGGAUUUGGAUAUCCUUAGAGGCCCCUAUUACCUUAAUGACCGCAUCAUCGAAUUCUACUUCAGCUAUCUCUCUUCAACAUAUCCCUCGCAAGAUAUCCUACUCGUUCCACCUUCAAUCUCAUUUUGGAUAACAAACUGUCCGGAUUUGUCAGGUCUCAAAGAUUUCAUCGAACCUCUUCAACUAAACAGUAAGAAACUGAUAGUUUUUACUGUGAAUGAUAACAGCGAUGUGACCCAAGAUGAAGGGGGAACACAUUGGAGCUUACUUGCAUUUGAUAGGGACAGAAACGUUUUCGUGCAUCACGACAGCAUGAAAGGAUUGAAUGGAUGGUACGCCAAGAAGCUGUAUAAGACUGUUGAGAAAUUUGUGGGUGUUCAUGGUUAUCCAUCCACUGCUUGCUUUGUCGAAUGCUUGACACCACAGCAGACAAAUGGCUAUGAUUGUGGUGUAUAUGUGUUGGCCAUAACCAAAGUGAUCUGCCAUUGGUAUGUGAGUGGGGCCAAUGAUAAAGGUGAUCAAUGGUUGUCUGCUAUGGACGAGCAGGUUGAUGCAUCCACCGUGACCCAGCUGCGAGAUGAAAUUUUGAGGCUUAUUCUUCAUCUGAUGAACAAGGAGUGACGAAAGUGUUGCAGACUUUGGUUAAAAUGAGUUUUGUUUGAGUUCAGUUGUGCUUUGAAUUGGAACUGCGGCGGCAAGAGCCUUAGCUCAUUAAUGGGUUGCAUGAGUGAAAUAUCAACAAUGAAGGUAUGUUUGGCUGGUCAUUUUGAAAAGGCACGGGAAAUGUAGUUUUAGUAUCUCUGAUAUAGCUAUGUAAAAAUAAGAGAAAAAAAGAAAAUAAAAAAAGGCAUUCGGAAGGUCUUAAGAAAAGCGUACCAAACGAUGCCCUAUUGGAUACAUACAAUCAGAUCUUUCAUAAUGAUGGAUGUGUGGAGUGAUUCUCAAGGUUGCCGAACCUUUCUGUCC